ACCAAACUAUGUAAGAUCUUUUCAUACGGCAUAUUUAUGCUUAGUACCAGAACCCUGUCGCGGACCCUUUAAAGCACUUCAGUUGUCGAUCUGCAUGGCUAUUAGGUUCACUUGACCCAUAUCUCUGCUGAAUGGAAAAUAUAUUCACAUGAAGGCCUUCUUUCUACACUUGUUUGAAUGAUGUUGUGGAGCGUUGUGUUGUGUCACAUGAAGCUCCUUUGUAGAUAAGAGUGUUUGAUGAGCCAUGAGGCUGUUCUAAACAAAUCAGAUUUUCUGCUGACACUGUAGACUUCAUCAGGAAAAUCAACUCAACAAAUGUGAAAAUCGGUCGUAUGGUCUCAGCCCUUCUCUCAAGUAGGAUUUUUAUUAUAUCUCAGUUACUUCACUGUUUGAUAGCUCACACUGCAAGAGCAUGGUUGAAAUGAUUGCUGCAUCUUUGCUCUCCUUUUCUCCUGCUCACCCCCUUGGUUUUCACAGUGGCCAUGAAAACGUCUGCUGGGGGAAAUGACUGCCAAAUUAGCCGGACGUAGUGGGGCCACAAGUGAAAUGUCAUGAAAUAUGAGGCAGGCCGCAAAGAUAAUGUCUCAACAAGGCUGAGAUUUACUGGGAUUUGUGAAAUGCAAAUUGAAGCUGGCUCUGUUUCGCCUCUAUUCUUGACUGAUGCAUGGUGAGCUUUGAUCUAAUUUGGCCAGGGGAUGAUUUAGCGAGUCAUUAAAGCCUCCUCCCCAGAGCUUAAAAGCAUGCACGUCCCGAUUCUGAGAGUGUUUUUAUUGCAUGCUGCUGCAGGGGAGCAACACUCACUGAAGAGCUUUCUUGCACUUUCUCCCAGAACGUGCUCUCGUAUGUUGUUACAGUGAAGCCCCUCGCGCUGUCCUACCCCUAUUCUUCCGCUGACCCCUCCCCCAGUUUUGGAACUGACUCCACGCUAUGGAUAUGAGAGUGAAGAUGAGAUUCGCAGCAAAUUUUCAGCCCUGCUUGCAAGACAGCCUCUUGGCUCGCUGCCCACAUUUUGCAAGUCCCUUCUAGCCAACCAGAGUUCCUGUUGAGAAUCACCUGACCCUGAAUUCCCAGACAAAGAAAUGUUCAUGCUUUCCCUUUUUUUAAAGCGAUCUCCUCUACCCUGAGAAAGGGGGUGAAAAAAAGCCUCACACUGGAUUAUGAGGGUUGCGCACGGGCGUAUAUGGGCAGAGAAGAAGGCCAAAGUGAUGUCAGCGAUGAAUGUGAUAAAGGAUCAAGCGGAGUCUGAAACUGAGACCCUGAAGAGAAAAGUCUCAAUAAUCAAGCACCCUCAGCCUUCAAAACAGCAGCUGCCUCAGCCGCCGUCGCACACUCACCCUCACCCUCACCCUCAACCUCAGCCUCAGCCUCAGUAUCAACAACAAUCACAGCAGACCCUGCCGUCGCUGCACCAGCAACAGCAAGAAGAAGAACAGCAGCACAGGCAGCUACUGCAAAAACAGCCGCAACAGCAGCCGCAGCAGCAGCAGCCUACUGACCCCGCCUCCCCCACUGUGGCCACAACCCCUGAACCGGUUGCAAUACAAAAUGGAAACAAAACGUCCCCCAAGUCAGCAGACACUGAACCUGAAUAUGAGGACGACCGUGGUUUUGGCAUCGGAGAGCUGGUUUGGGGGAAGCUACGGGGGUUCUCAUGGUGGCCUGGCAGAAUUGUGUCCUGGUGGAUGACGGGCCGGAGCCGAGCCGCCGAGGCAACCAGAUGGGUCAUGUGGUUUGGAGACGGAAAGUUCUCAGUGGUUUGUGUAGAAAAACUGUUGCCUUUAAGCUCCUUCAGCAAUGCCUUUCACCAACCAACCUAUAACAAGCAACCCAUGUACAAGAAAGCCAUCUUUGAGGCGCUACAGGUGGCGAGCACCCGGGCGGGCAAAACAUUUGUGGGCUGUCCUGCCAGUGACGAAACAGAAACCUCAAAAUCAGUAGAAAUGCUGACUAAGCAGAUGAUUGAGUGGGCGAUUGCCGGCUUCCUACCGACGGGACCAAAAGGCUUUGAGCCUGCAGAAGAGGAACAAAAUCCGUACAAAGAGGUGUACCCUGAGAUGUGGGUGGAGCCAGAGACGGCGGCCUACUCGCCUCCGCCAGCUAAGAAGCCUCGCAAAAGCACAGUGGAGAAACUCAAGGUCAAAGACAUCAUUGACGAAAGGACACGAGAGCGGCUGGUUCAUGAAGUGAGGCAGAAGUGCCGCAGCAUCGAAGACAUCUGUAUCUCCUGUGGAAGUCUGAACGUCAGCCUGGAGCACCCGCUGUUUGCAGGGGGAAUGUGCCAGAGCUGUAAGAACUGCUUCCUAGAGUGUGCGUAUCAGUAUGACGACGACGGGUACCAAUCGUACUGCACGAUCUGCUGUGGAGGACGAGAGGUUCUCAUGUGUGGGAACAACAACUGUUGUCGGUGUUUCUGUGUGGAGUGUGUGGACCUCCUGGUGGGUCAGGGAGCAGCUCACGCCGCCAUCAAAGAAGACCCGUGGAACUGCUACAUGUGCUGUCAGAAGAACACGUCAGGCAUGUUGGAGCGCCGCAGCGACUGGCCGUGCCGCCUGCAGCACUUUUUCGCCAAUAACCACGACCAAGAUUUUGAACCACCAAAGCUUUACCCCCCAGUCAUGGUGGAGAAGAGGAAACCUAUUCGCGUCUUGUCUCUUUUUGACGGCAUCGCAACAGGGCUGCUGGUACUGAGGGAACUUGGCAUCCAGGUGGAUCGCUAUGUCGCCUCAGAGGUGUGUGAAGACUCCAUUACUGUAGGAAUCGUUCGGCAUCAGGGUCAAAUUAUGUACGUUGGGGACGUGAGAACUGUCACACGUAAACAUAUACACGAGUGGGGUCCGUUCGACCUGGUGAUUGGUGGGAGUCCCUGCAAUGACCUGUCAAUCGUCAACCCUGCGAGGAAAGGGCUGUUUGAAGGCACCGGCCGCCUGUUCUUUGAGUUCUACAGGCUGCUCCACGAAGCUCGGCCCAAGAUCGGAGACGACCGUCCCUUCUUCUGGCUCUUUGAAAAUGUGGUCGCUAUGGGCGUCAGUGACAAGCGGGACAUUUCUCGCUUUCUAGAGUGUAACCCUGUCAUGAUCGACGCCAAGGAAGUGUCGGCCGCCCAUCGUGCCCGCUACUUCUGGGGGAACUUGCCCGGUAUGAACAGGCCCUUGUCUGCCAUGUGCAGCGACAAGUUGGAUCUUCAAGAGUGUUUAGAACACGGCAGGACGGCCAAGUUUGGGAAGGUGAGGACCAUCACCACCAGGUCCAAUUCCAUCAAGCAGGGCAAAGACCAGCACUUCCCAGUUUACAUGAAUGAGAAGGAGGAUAUUCUGUGGUGCACUGAGAUGGAGAGGGUGUUUGGCUUCCCGGUCCACUACACGGACGUCUCCAACAUGAGUCGCCUGGCCAGACAGAGGCUCCUGGGCCGGUCGUGGAGCGUCCCCGUCAUCCGCCACCUCUUCGCUCCGCUCAAAGAUUACUUCGCCUGCGUGUGAGCAGCGGCAGGUGCAGCCCCACCCGCCGGUGACAAAUAAGAGCCUCCAUCUUCAAAUUCUAUAUCUUUAUCAUUUGACAAUUGAUGUAGAUUUCACAUUAUUUGAAUGGUUAUUCUUGUUUUAUUUAAUUUGGAUGGGUUUUUUUGGCCUUUUUAGCAGUGUUAUUAAGUUUGUUUGUGCAAGCUAUACUUGAGACGAUGCUUUCUGCUCACGGCACUGAGACAUCCGUGUGUUUUUGGGUGAUGACAACAAGACGAGUCGUCUGUGGUAGUAACACAUCAGGGCUUCGUGUCUUCCACCGUCGGUGCUGCCAUCUACUGAGGCGUGACAGGUCUACAGUGCUGGGAAAGCUACGAGUCUCUGAGAAUCCAAAACACCAGAUCACAAAUACCUCUUUGUUUACAGUUUCUUGACGCAACUAAAGGUUAAGGUACUACUGUAAUAUGGUGACAAUACCAUGGUGCUCCAUCAUGGCAGGAAACAUCCUCGCUCAUGUGGCAACAUCACGUUAGGCUGCACAGGAAGUUGCACAAUGAUGAGUUGUAGUUGGGUUGUCGUUGAGAUUCAGCUUCUGAUCGGGUGAUUCUUCCGACUGGGAGUGUUUGAACGAAACAACACAGAUUUACUUUCCUCUUUCAUAUCCAUGAGAACAGAUCGAUCUCUGAAUAACCUGUGAGGAAACACCAGCCACACAGCUGCAGGAGCACAGGACUCGCAGCCGUUGAUGCCCUAAAGCAAGUAAACAAGACUGGGUUGUGGGUGCCUUUGUGCAAAAAUAUAAAAAUACUUUGCAGCACUUUAGAUUAGGGGACAUCUAUUAACCAAUACUCAGCAAUACACUUGCUUGGUUACUGAUAGUUAUUAGUACUUAGAGUAAUAUAUGUGGCUAAAAUGAGUUUUCUCUGUCGGGGGGCAGCAUCUCCCUUGGAGAUAGGGCAAGGAGUUCUGUCACUCGGGAGAGACUCGGAGUCGAGCCGCUGCUUCUCUGCGUUGAGAGAGAGAGAGGUGGCCUCUCAUGAGGACACCCCCUGGAGGCCUCCCUUUGGAGGUGUUUCAGGCAUGGCCGGCUGGGAGGAGACAGAGGGGUCGACCCAGGACCAGGUGGAGGGAUUAUGGCCUUGUCCCAUCUCUCCAUCUAACACUGGGUUCUGUGUGUCACAUGUCAGUGUGGUGUGUCCCAGUCCUCCUCACUGGCCGUUCACCACUUGAAAUGAUGCCUUCAAACCCAGGGAGCUCCGGAGCUGACUUGAAACCAAGUGGGAACAUGAAGUGUGGAGAGAUGUCCAGGAGACCAAAGGACUUUAUUUGACAACAAUGUUGGACAGGACAACAGGGGCAUGUUAGUAGCCAGGACCACUCUUCCCUCUGUUGACUCUUUUCUCUGGUGUCACACGUCAGCGAGCCAAAUGCUCCACCGUGUCCCACAACAUGAACAAUACAACAUGGGUGUUCAACAGUAGGUUUGGAUUUCUUCUGAACAAACAACAGUGGGCUAGCAUCCAGGCUAACGUUAGCAUCCUCACACCUCUGACACAUCUGUCACUGCAACAUAGGCUCCGCCCAUUUCUUCUCCGCUGGUUCACCAAACCAAGUGAGAUGAUCAGCAUCGAUGCAAGAGGUUGCAGAAACGUUGGAGCUGUCAUUUCCAAAACGUUGUCUCCAACACUGGAUAUGCAGGAAACAAAACACAGCACUGCAGCCAAUGAGACGCUGUCUUUAAGUGUCGUCCCAAUUCUGAGGGACGUCGGUCGCUUCACUUGGUCGUGGGAGGGCGCUUCAUAGUGGAGGGAGCUUCACAGUGGAGGAGCUUCACAGUGGAGGGAGCUUCACAGUGGAGGGAGCUUCAUAGUGGAGGGAGCUUCACAGUGGAGGAGCUUCACAGUGGAGGGAGCUUCACAGUGGAGGGAGCUUCA